AUGUCCCUCUCGAACUCCUUCAAGAACAUUGUCGUCGUUGGCGCCGGUCUUACCACUGCGCUCUUGAUACAGGAGAAAGGUGGCUAUGAGGUAACAGUCGUCGCUGAAACACUCCCUAGCGAUCCCAAGACGUAUGUUCAUUGUAUGUUAUACUGGAGAGAGAGAAAAUGCCUGACCGGUGGUCUCAAUUUCCAGGGAGCAUACCAUGUCAUCUACAGAGGUUCUGACGAGAGAGAACGAAAGAUCCAGAACGACACGUUCAAGGUCAUGUGGAAUCUGUCUGCACCGGGAGGGGAAGCCGAAGGGUGCUUCCGUCGCCUCAAAACGAUGGAGUACUACUAUGACAAACUGGAGGUGAACGCUGACGAGAUGCCUGGUUUUCAAGAAAUUCCUGAACAUGCGCUUGCACCAGGAACCAAGUGCGGCUACUCCUUCGACACCUACGUUAUUGACCCUCCGGUAUACCUCAAUUACCUCAUGUCUCGCUUCAUCGCACAUGGAGGCACCGUUAUCCGCGGGGCAGUCCAACAUGUCAACCAGAUCGUUGAAGGGGGAGCAUUUAUUUAUUCUCGUGGGCGUGCUUCGCCGGCACCCGCUGACACUAACCUGGAGUUCACGAACAGCAGCCGCGUCGGCCGUCUCCCCUGGGUCUAUCUUGCCGCCGAACCCAUUGAACCUGGGAUUUCCGCUUGA